AUGACUGAUAUCUGGGACAGUGCAAGGGGCAGUGAUAUAUGGGAACUGGUUGAAUAUCCUGAUCCAUCCUCUGUGCAGUAUAGCACAAUGUCACCGUUUCAAGGUCAGCCAGAAAACAAUUCAAUCUUAAUCUCGAGUACAAACAGCGAUACUGCAGUCUCCACGGCAUCUUUCUCAACAUGGGAUCCAGAUGUUCUAGCUAAUGACUGUACAGACUCGGAUAUCUCUUCAGACCACGAGAUGCAUUCCAACAGUGGCAACGACGACGAUUCUGACUGGGAAGAUGUCACGGAGGAUAGUGGUUAUUGCAGGUUUCAGUCUGCUGAUCCAGUGGCCGAGAUGCUGGACUCAGUUGUGCAAAGUGGGGUGCUUCCAAGAGAACACAUAUUCUACAAGCUUGUUUCUGGUGCACUAGAAUAUGUUUCGUAUGACCAUUCGAAGGAAGAGAAAUACCGGUGGGACCCCACUCUGGUAUGCUGGGCUAGAUCACUUCUUCGACUUGGUAAAAGUCGAACAUUCAAUUUUUGUUCGAGGACCUGGUGGUUUCAAUGCCGGCAAGGACAAAAGAACACACACGUCAAGCAAACCCAUCGAUUUCAGCAGAUUUGGAAUUCCUUUGCCGAGCAAACGAACAUUGCGUUGCAACAAACCUGGCUUUACUACUCCAAGUGGCAUUAUUAGAAACCUCCUUACGUCCAUUCUGAGGAUUGCCGAUUCACAAAAUGCAUGUUGCUAUGUCAAUAGUUCUACCAUCAAAGCAAUUGCAAUUUCCUUGAUGAGAGAUGGUCUUGGCCUUAAACCUAGCCUCGAAUUCCAUGAAAGAAAGAAGGUUCUUGUUGGUUCAACAAAAAAGAUAGAUAUUGAUUAUGUAAGAAAGAAUCCUGCACCAAAUCCUUCGGAACUAAAACAAAGUAUGAUUAAAGAUGCAGACAUUUCCGUUGUUACAACUGUUGACAGAAAGACCAGUCUUCCCAUUGGGGUUUAUUACGAAGCAGCAGGUCAAACUGGAGAGGAAGUGCUGGCUGAAGUUGAAGAAAUUGGUGGACAUUUACAAACCUCUUACCUGUCUUGA